AUGGUCUACGAUUGGGAAGGGAAGCGCGAGAUAUGCUACCAGAUGUAUAUCAGAGAUAGGAAAGCUUUGGAGGAAAUUAUGGAAUACAUGAGGAAUGUGUAUCAAUUUUCUCCAAGUAAACGUGCCUUUCAAACCCAGUUCAAGCGAUGGGGUUUCCCUUCGAAGCAGAACCCAGCACAUAAAAACGUGCAACUUGUUACUCGCAUCAAACAACUCUGGGAGACAAAUACCACUCAGCGAGAUAUGCUCCGAAUCCUCAACGAGGAAGGCUUUCAGAUCAAAGAACGCGAAUUAAUGCGAGUACGAGCCAAAAACCGUUGGCUACUCCGAGUACCCAACGGGACCAAAGCACAGCAAACGGUACCUGAAGAGGAGGGCCUGCUGCGACUGUUGAACGAUGAAGAACAGCCAGAGGCAGUUGGUGAAGUUGUAGCAAAGCGCAAGGAGCGGCUCGACCGGUUGAAAGCGGAGAGUGCUGAGCGUUGGGCUGCCAGAAAACGGCGUCGACGUACAAGGGGUUGGGCUGGGUUGCCUGCCGACCCUCCGGGACCCCCACGUUUCCCGUCCGAGACCACCAUCGACGAAAGCAAAAAGUACCUGGAUCUUGAUAACGCUGGAUACCGCGAAAUCAGAGACCAGUUUCAAAGCAUUUGUGAAAAGGCAGGCCUUAUCAAGAAAACCAUUGCCGGACCCGAGAAAUGGCAAGAGGCAAAGAAUACCCUGAUAGCAGAAUCGGAACACCUGCAGCGUGUUUUUUGGGAUGAUCCCAAUCAACUCGAAGCCAAGUCUCUUGCUCUCGAUGUCGUUUGCACGGACGUCACAAAGAGAAUGAGGACCUUGGAAAGGCGCAUGACCAUCGCCGAGGCUAAGAAUGCACUUGGGAUCAACCCAGAAGAGAGCCGGCAAGUUCGCAACGCAUUUUACAAUACAUUAAAAAGUGACCAUUUCACGAGCAAAUUGGAAGCGGGUGAUGAGCAUUGGAAGGAGCUCAAAGAGCAGUGGAUUCAAGGGUCUGAGCUACUCCAGCGCAUUCUUGCCCCUGGGCCGGUGGACCCCGCGCAUGCUACAAAAGUGAGGGCACUGGAAGUAUUGUGUCGUGAUGUUAUGAAACGCCUUCGCGAUGAUCAAACAAAGAGAGACCCGAGGCGGAAACUUGGAAAUCGCGCACCCGACCCGAGUGUCAUGAUAUCGAACGGCAUCAGUACGCUUGCCUCGCAGGCUCUUGCUAGUGCACCUAUUACUUCUAGUGACUUAGGUGAUAUGCAAAUCGAUCCUUCGCUUCUACAGGCCGCGAAUAACACAUUUACCACGCCUGCGGACGCGGAUGAAAGUUCUUUUGGUUACAUGGAUCCCAUGUUGGACCUGCUACCUGUGUGUCUUAGUAUCAGCCCCGAAAGUCAAUUGCAUACGGACUCCAAACCCUGGGAGGAUGGGCUGUCAUCCAAGUCAUUCAUUGAGCUACGGCAGCUGGUUACUGCCAAGUUUCCUGGUACGGUUGUUGUCAAAGUCGAAGCUUUUGACGGAGAUACGAAUGGGAACAGUACCACGUAUGCGAUAAAUGAUGACAACGAGCUUUAUGGGUAUCUGACCCACAUUCAAGGGCGAAAAGCUGCAUUUGCUUUUUGUUUGAGUCAAGAAUAA